UGAAAAUGACAAGCCAAGAGGUAGGUGGGAGGGUGAAGAUCAGGACGCAAAUUCACUUUUCAUUUGUAGCGCAACAGAGCAGGACUUACCGGGGCACAACGGAACAAUAUUUCGGUCUUUUGAUUGAAACCUACUAAAAACCAGCGUAUUUUCUUGUUCAAAUUCUUCAGAAGUUUGGGAUUUAUUUUCAGAAUUUGAACGCCACGUUAGGGAGAAUGUGUACAUUUUUACUGGUAUUUGGUCGCCCAGAAUACGGACCAGGCAUCGAAUUCGUUCGGCUGCAUGUGCGGGUCUGGAAAGUGAAAGCUCCAACUCCGCACGCAGAGCUCGUGUAGUUGCUGUGACUGGAUCCGAGAUCACUACGGCACCUUGAGUAGAGAAUAUCUUUCUCUGCUGGACGAGAUGGGUGGAAAUAUCACAAAGCAGGAUGUUCCUGUCUUUUUCCCAGAAUCCCUUUACAGACGCAUGGAAGAUGCUCAGUAUGAGGUCCAAGUCAGAUUCCUGAAUGAGACUAUUCAUGAAAUCAUCAAACUGUUUGAUGAGAAUAUGGACGCUGUCACCUGGGAAGAGAAGAAGCUGGAUGAUUUUCUCAUCCUUCUCCAUCGUCAGUUUCAAAAACUCAAGUCUUGUGUAUCACCUGCCAAGAAAGCUGAGGGAAGACUUGAAAGCUUCUUCAAGAAGUUGAAUAAGAAGGUUCUGAAAGAAAUGAACUACAGUGCACAAGCAUGGGAGCUCAUCAGGAAAGAGACAAAAUAUGUUCUAGAAAAAUUGUACCUCCUUGUGGCAACGAUGCACAGAUAAUCUGGACUCAUCGCAGAAGGCUUUAUACGUUACCAGUUUAUUAAGCAUGCCAAUGAUGUUGAACA